GAAUGUUAUUGGGGUCACUACGAAUAUGAAGGUUUUGCCCCUUGUUAUCCCUAUUGUGGAUGUUAUAACUCAGUCUGCAAAUGUUACGGCGGAUCUUGUAUAUGUGUAUGCUGAACAUUACGGUGGUAAAUAUUACUAA